AUGAAUAUUUUUUUUGGCUUUAAUUAAAUGCCAGAGACUCUCAUAUAUGUUUUAAUAUGUGUCUGUUCUCUUCUUUCAGAUGGCUACACCACAGAUGACAUUGAGUUUUACUGGCGAGGCGGCAACCAUGCGGUAACGGGCGUUGAAAGGAUUGAGCUUCCUCAGUUCUCCAUAGUGGACUACAAACUCAUCUCCAAAAAUGUUGUGUUUUCUACAGGUUCAUACCCUCGCCUCUCCCUGAGCUUCAAGCUUAAGAGAAACAUCGGCUACUUCAUCCUGCAGACCUACAUGCCUUCCAUCCUAAUCACCAUCCUAUCCUGGGUAUCCUUCUGGAUCAACUAUGAUGCCUCGGCUGCCAGGGUCGCUUUAGGCAUCACCACUGUGCUGACCAUGACCACCAUCAACACACAUUUGCGGGAGACUCUUCCGAAGAUUCCAUAUGUCAAAGCCAUUGACAUGUACCUGAUGGGCUGUUUCGUCUUCGUCUUCCUGGCUCUGCUGGAGUAUGCGCUGGUCAACUACAUCUUCUUUGGCAGGGGACCACAGCAACAGAAGAAAGCUGCAGAGAGAGCCUCCAAAGCCAACAAUGAAAAAAUGAGAAUGGAUCCCAACAAAUGGUUGGUGGGAAAUGUAGUUCAGAGAGACGAUGGUCUGUAUGCCAGAAUGAAACAGAGGGAUAUUGACGCGCAUGACUCCAUGUGGGAACCAAUCUUUGUGGACGAUGCAGCAUUAGGACUAGGCGAUUCAAAAAAUAAGAUGGACCCCCAUGAAAACAUCCUUCUCACUCCUCUGGAGAUCAAAAAUGAAAUGGGCACAUCAGAGUUAACCCUGGGUUUGGGUGACCCCCGUGCGACCAUGCUUGCCUAUGACAGCACCACACUGCAGUACCGGAAAGCCGGCCUGGCCAGGCACAACUUUGGACGCAAUGCGCUGGAACGCCAUGUUGCUCAGAAGAAGAGUCGACUACGGCGGCGCGCUUCCCAGCUUAAAAUCACCAUCCCUGACUUAACUGACGUGAAUUCGAUCGACAAAUGGUCGAGAAUGAUCUUCCCCACAGUAUUUUCAUUCUUCAAUGUUGUCUAUUGGCUUUAUUAUGUCAACUAAGUGGAUAGUGGGGCACCUCCCAGAAGCGCCACUUAUUUUUACGUCCGUAUAUAUUCUUCCGCUUUCCUGCCAUCUGAUUUUGCAAUACAGGCAGGACUUAGGUUGACAGAUUCAAAUCAGGACUUAUUCUCUUUGGCCUCGAGUUCACCUUAAUUGCUGGCUGACACAGAUAUUUUGAAGAGGUUGAGAACAAACGGUGCCUGCUCCAAAAAAAAAAAAAAAAAAUCACUAGGUUUUCAUGUGUGUGAGUGACUU